GGCCGGUCCGCGGGAUAGAGGACGCUGUCCUGUUUGCAAGCGCCGCAGUGGGGCUGGAGGCGGGGUCGGGGCGCGGCGUGGGGCCGCAGUGCUCCGCGCUCCUGGGCGCUCCGCCGCGCUCUGCGCGCACAGGGCGCGGUGUACCUGUGGCUAGAGCUCUGGACAGGAGACAAGAGAUAAAUGUUUACCUCCUUGCCCGCCUCUCUUUUGGGGACUGGACCUAGGAGGAAGUCACAAGAAAACAAUCUGACAUCAGGUAAGAACCCGUGGCAAGAGUCAGUGAAACUGAAGAGAAGUUGGACGUUCCCCUUGGCUCCAGUGGUACCUAUGGUAGGUCUGGCCUGAGAUGUUUGCCUCGGUGACCACUUGUGCACGCGGAUUAUGGCAGGAAAAGUGAAAUGGGUCACUGACAUCGAGAAGUCGGUGCUGAUAAAUAACUUUGAGAAGAGAGGAUGGGUCCAAGUGACAGAAAACGAGGACUGGAAUUUUUACUGGAUGAGCGUGCAGACCAUCCGCAGUGUCUUCAGUGUGGAGACCGGCUACCGGCUCUCGGACGAUCAGAUAGUCAACCACUUUCCCAACCACUAUGAACUGACACGGAAGGAUCUGAUGGUGAAGAACAUCAAAAGAUACAGGAAGGAGCUGGAGAAGGAAGGGAGUCCUCUGGCAGAAAAAGAUGAAAAUGGAAAAUACCUCUAUCUGGACUUUGUUCCAGUCACCUACAUGCUGCCGGCUGACUACAACCUGUUUGUGGAGGAGUUCAGGAAAAGCCCCUCCAGCACCUGGAUCAUGAAGCCUUGCGGCAAAGCCCAGGGAAAGGGCAUCUUCCUGAUCAACAAGCUCUCACAAAUCAAAAAGUGGUCCCGAGAUAGCAAAACAUCUUCGUUUGUGUCUCAGUCUACGAAGGAAGCCUAUGUGAUCUCUCUGUACAUCAACAACCCAUUACUAAUCGGCGGCAGGAAGUUCGACCUGCGCUUGUAUGUUCUGGUGUCCACGUACCGCCCGCUGCGCUGCUACAUGUAUAAACUUGGAUUUUGCCGCUUCUGCACAGUGAAAUACACCCCGAGCACCAGCGAGUUAGAUAACAUGUUUGUCCAUCUCACCAACGUCGCCAUUCAGAAACAUGGGGAGGACUACAACCACAUCCACGGAGGCAAGUGGACCGUGAACAACCUGCGGCUCUACCUGGAGAGCACCCGGGGCAAGGAGGUGACCAGCAAGCUGUUCGACGAGAUCCACUGGAUCAUUGUGCAGUCCCUGAAGGCCGUGGCUCCGGUGAUGAACAACGACAAGCACUGCUUUGAGUGCUACGGCUACGACAUCAUCAUCGACGACAGGCUGAAGCCCUGGCUCAUCGAGGUUAAUGCGUCCCCGUCUCUCACCUCCAGCACUGCCAACGAUCGAAUCCUUAAGUAUAACCUGAUUAAUGACACCCUCAAUAUCGCGGUCCCUAAUGGCGAAAUUCCAGACUGUAAAUGGAACAAGUCACCCCCGAAGGAAGUUCUUGGCAACUACGAAAUUCUGUACGACGAGGAGCUGGCGCAGGGUGACGGGGCUGACCGAGAGCUGAGAAGUCGGCCCGGCCAGUCGCUGGGGCCUCGAGGGGGCCGAUCGAGAGACUCAGGGAGAACGGUGCUCACAACCUGGAAGUGACCACCAGCGGGAGGAAAAGACUCCAGCCUGGACUCGGUCAAACUUGUCACUGUACUCACCCUUGCUGGAGACUUAUUUUGGAAUUUCCUUUUUCUAGAGCCUUUUUCCUUUCCUAAACCCUGUAAAUAAAUAAAGGCCCUUCUUUGGAAGGU